UGUAAUUCAACCGAAUUCAACAAUCCAAGAUGGCAUCUGCGGAACAGGUCGGCCUCAACAAAACAUGGGAAUUAUCGCUCUAUGAAUUACAUCGCACUCCACAGGACGCGAUCACCGACAACACGGAGAUCGCAGUCAGUCCGCGGAGUUUGCACAGCGAGCUUAUGUGCCCCAUUUGCUUGGAUAUGCUGAAAAAGACGAUGACCACCAAGGAGUGCCUCCACCGUUUUUGUUCCGACUGCAUUAUUACGGCUUUACGGAGCGGUAAUAAAGAAUGUCCUACAUGCAGAAAGAAAUUGGUUUCUAAAAGAUCUCUCAGACCUGAUCCAAACUUUGAUUUGUUAAUUUCAAAAAUCUAUCCGAGCAGAGACGAAUACGAGGCUCAUCAAGAACGAGUUUUGGCUAAAUUGAAUAAGUCACAUUCGCAAGCUGCACUUGUUAACUCUAUUACAGAAGGUAUUAAGUUACAAAGUCAGAAUCGUCCACAGCGAUCCAGAAAAAAUGCCAAUGAGUCCGAAAAUGCAAGCAAUGCAACGUCUUAUAACAAUACACCAAAUAUUAGUGCACCUACAACACCAAAUCCAUCUACAAAUAUAGCAAAUCAAAGUGAUUCCUCUCAAAGUGCGACAGGACCUUUAAAUAGCGGAGGAACAACAUCUAGAAACUCUACCACACCAUCACCAAAUCCUGCAAAUCAAAUCUCAAAACCAUCGAAACGACAGAAAAGUCUACAAAAUUCUGAGAAUGAUUCCUCUAGUGCAGAAGCUGAGACUGGCGGUGGUGAUUCUAUGGUUGACACAGAAGGUGAAGGUCCUAGCGAACCAUUGAUGCUUAACGAAAUUGAACUUGUCUUUAAACCACAUCCUACAGAAAUGGCGGGUGAUAAUUCUUUAAUAAAAGCAUUGAAAGAGAACAGUAUUCGCUAUAUAAAAACAACAGCAAAUGCCACAGUGGACCACUUGAGUAAAUAUUUGGCAAUGCGUUUAACGUUGGAUUUGGACACUGAAUUAUCAGAAUCAGAUAGGCUGUUAAAUUUUUGUAUCUAUAUCGCACCUUCACCUGGACAACUUGUAGUAUUAAGUGGCUCACAAACGUUACGACAAGUGAACGAUAAAUUCUGGCGUGUCAAUCGACCUUUGGAAAUGUAUUACUCAUGGAAGAAGACCUAGGGAAGGCCUCAAAAAUAUCUAUCAGAUGGGAACUAAUUGCGUUAUGCUUUAACGAAAGGAAUGAAUUGUCAUUCAUAUAUGUA